AUGAACGAAGAUGCUGUCAAAAUUCAUGCUGUAACUCAACCGGAACAAAAGCGGUUGAUACCUUUGGACUCCUCUUCCGAAGCCUCUUCUCUUCCAAGUAUUCCGGAGGGCAUGGCUCUGACUGAAGAACUUUGCUCUCUUGAUUGGCUUCAGACCGAAAACCUUCUGCCUGGAACCAUUAUGCCAGCGCGGAAGACAGCGAACCAAAAGCCUCUAGUUAAGAGGGCUUGCUUACAGACAGUCUUUUCCGCCGGUUGUGUUCACAGCCUCGAUGAGAGGAUAAACGAAGAUUUGCACCCGCUCAGUUGGCUGCAAGAUAGUAACCUGCUCCCGAUAUCACCCAUAGACGAGGAGGAGGAGGAAGAUUUGCCCCUCAGCUCCACUAUACAAGCUUCGUCCACCCAAAGGGCACUGGAGUUUUCGAAAAUUUGGGAGUGGUGCAAGAAUAGCUUUCCAGCCUACGACAUUGGCAGCCGGUUAAAGGCGUGUUUGCGCCACAUCCUCUCCAGCAACGCCUCCUUCCAACGCGUUCCUCAGGCGCUUUUUGGAACAGAAAAUGAAGAAGCUCUCAAUAUUCCAUUCACGUACAUACACACUGCCCUGCUUUCUGUCUUCGCAUACUACGCAUCCAGUCUGCUCUCCUUUAAACGACAACUCUUCUUCAUUCCUCUCAAAGUCCCCGGCAGUGUUCUGCCCAACCUUAUACUACAGCCAACGAAUGCAAAGACGGCUUUCGCUGCAACCAUCUAUUCCACGGAAACUGCUGUCAUUAGCUGA